AUUGUUUUUUUUUUCAAAAAAAAAAAUUGCUUAAAAAAAGUUAUCUCUCAUUUUUAUGUUGAUUGAAGUUACGAAUUCACGGAAAACGGUUCGUGGUGGAGUGGAUGUAAAAUGGAUCGCAGAAAGAAGAUGAAAUUGAUUCGAGUUGACAUCUCGUUUCAUAUUUAACUCAGUCACCGGCCACUCAAAUCUCGCGUAUGCCUUGAAUUAUGGCUACCACAAUGGGCCCUCCGCAAAAUUCUCCAUCACCAUCUGGAUUUCCUCCUCAUCCUCCUGGACCACCGGGUGGAAGGCAGGAGAAUUUGAACGCUCUUCAGCGUGCUAUUGAUUCAAUGGAAGAGAAAGGAUUACAGGAGGAUCCCCGGUAUUCACAAUUAUUGGCUUUACGUGCUCGUCACGAAAACAUGGAACCACCUCGACAACCCAUACCUCCGCCACACGGACCUCCGAUACCUCCAAUGAAUUCGGGUAAACAAUUUUUCACUCCAGAACAGUUACAACAACUUCGAGCCCAGAUAUUUGCCUAUAGAUUGUUGGCCAGAAAUUUGCCCCUUAAUCCGGACCUUAGUCUAGCCCUACAAGGUAAAAAAGUCGACGGUCCGAUAGGUAUGCCGAAUAUUGGGAUGAAUGGAGCACCAUCCAGUCCAUUCGUACCUCCUGCCAGACCUGCAAGUGAUUCCGGUACCGAUGCCGACCCAAAUCAAUCCAGUAGACCUGGAGAACAUCUUCCAGCUCCGUUUCAACCUGUUUCUCAACCUGGUACGAUGCCUUUAGGACCCAGCGCACCUCCUGGAGCUGCUAGAGCAAUGGGUUCAGUUCCGUCGCCACCUUCUCAGCAAUCUCCUUCCAAUCAGUCCACGACUCAACCAGCCCCAACACCUACUGUCCAAGUAUCUAUGAAUCAAAAACAGAAUCGCGUUACUUCUCUUCCAAAACCGGCUGGUAUCGAUCCAUUGGUCGUUUUACAAGAAAGAGAAAACCGAAUCGCAGCCAGAAUUGCUUAUCGGAUUGAGGAAUUAGAUAAUUUACCUACGAAUAUGUCAGAAGAUCUCAAAGUUGUAGCUGAAAUCGAACGUAGGGCUUUGAGGGUUCUUAAUUUUCAGAGGCAGUUGCGUGCUGAAGUGUUGGCUUGUACAAGACGGGAUACAACUUUAGAAACAGCUGUCAACAUCAAAGCUUAUAAACGUACAAAGAGGCAAGGUUUACGAGAAGCUAGAUCUACAGAAAAAUUAGAAAAACAACAGAAACUCGAAGCUGAGCGCAAAAAGAGACAAAAACAUCAAGAAUACCUGAGCACCGUGUUACAACAUUGCAAAGAUCUCAAAGAAUAUCAUCGUAAUAAUCAGUCCAGGGUUGCUAAGCUUAACAAAGCAGUAUUAAAUUAUCACGCAAACGCUGAACGUGAACAGAAAAAAGAACAGGAGAGAAUCGAAAAAGAACGUAUGCGUAGACUUAUGGCCGAAGAUGAAGAAGGCUACAGAAAACUCAUCGAUCAAAAGAAAGAUAAGCGACUGGCCUUCCUACUGUCCCAAACUGACGAAUACAUCAGUAACCUUACUGAGAUGGUCAAACAGCAUAAAAUGGAGCAGCGUAAAAAGCAAGAAGAAGAGGAAAAAAAGCAGAAAAAAUUGAAUAAGAAACAAAAAUUGUUAGAAGCCGAGGGUAUGAACAAUUCCACCGUUCAUGUCGCCGUCGUCGAAAUCGCCACUGGAAAACAACUGAGGGGAGAUGAUGCUCCGCUAGGUAGUCAACUCAAGGCAUGGUUAGAUUUGCAUCCUGGAUGGGAAAUCGUUGACGAUUCUGAAGAUGAAGAGGAUGAAGACGAAGAUGGUAUUUCAAGAGAUAGAGAUAGAGAAGACGAACAUAGCGUCAAAGAGGUUAUUCGAAAGGCCAAAGUUGAAGACGAUGAAUAUAAAAAUGCAAAUGAAACUGAAGAGCAUACUUAUUACAGUAUUGCUCACACGGUUCACGAAUGUGUCACCGAACAGGCUUCCAUCAUGCAAAAUGGAAAAUUGAAGGAAUAUCAAGUCAAGGGUUUAGAAUGGUUGGUAUCGUUAUAUAAUAACAAUUUAAACGGUAUCUUAGCUGACGAGAUGGGUCUCGGUAAAACUAUCCAAACUAUCGCUCUAAUUACUUACCUAAUGGAAAAGAAGAGUGUUAAUGGACCGUUUUUAAUUAUCGUGCCGUUAUCAACAUUAUCAAAUUGGGCUUUGGAAUUUGAAAAGUGGUCUCCGAGUGUAUGCGUGGUUGCCUAUAAAGGAUCCCCUGGUGCCAGACGUAUGUUGCAAACGCAAAUGAAAGCAGCAAAAUUUAAUGUUCUGUUAACCACUUACGAAUAUGUAAUUAAAGAUAAAUCCAUCUUGGCUAAAAUUCAUUGGAAGUAUAUGAUUAUUGAUGAAGGUCAUCGUAUGAAAAAUCACCACUGUAAAUUAACCCAAGUAUUGAAUACCCAUUACAUCGCACCACAUCGAUUAUUGUUGACCGGUACACCAUUGCAGAAUAAGCUUCCUGAACUUUGGGCGUUGUUGAAUUUCCUCCUACCGUCUAUUUUCAAAUCUUGCUCGACUUUUGAGCAGUGGUUCAACGCUCCUUUCGCCACCACUGGUGAAAAGGUCGAAUUGAACGAAGAAGAAACUAUUUUGAUUAUUCGUCGUUUACAUAAAGUAUUAAGACCGUUCUUGCUUAGACGAUUGAAGAAAGAAGUUGAAUCUCAAUUACCGGAUAAGGUCGAGUAUAUUAUCAAGUGCGACAUGUCUGGACUACAACAUGUCUUGUACAGACAUAUGCAAAGCAAAGGAGUUUUGCUUACGGAUGGAUCGGAAAAAGGUAAACAAGGCAAAGGAGGAGCGAAAGCGUUGAUGAACACCAUCGUUCAAUUAAGAAAAUUAUGUAAUCACCCUUUCAUGUUCCAACAAAUCGAAGAGAAGUACUGCGAGCACGUUGGGUCGUCCGGUAGUGUCGUAAAUGGGCCUGAUUUGUAUCGCGUCUCCGGUAAAUUCGAGUUACUUGAUAGAAUCCUUCCUAAACUGAAAGCCACCAAUCACCGAGUAUUGCUAUUUUGUCAAAUGACCCAACUUAUGACCAUAAUGGAGGAUUACCUGAAUUGGCGAAAAUUUUCUUACUUACGUUUGGACGGAAUGACCAAAGCUGAAGAUCGUGGAGAUCUGUUGAAAAAAUUCAACAGCCCUGACAGUGAAUAUUUCCUGUUCUUGUUGAGUACUCGCGCCGGAGGUUUGGGUUUAAAUUUACAAGCGGCUGAUACAGUCAUUAUAUUUGAUUCUGAUUGGAAUCCUCAUCAGGAUUUACAAGCUCAAGAUCGUGCUCAUCGUAUUGGUCAACAAAACGAAGUACGUGUGCUGCGUUUGAUGACCGUGAAUUCAGUCGAAGAACGCAUUUUGGCUGCUGCUCGAUAUAAAUUGAACAUGGACGAGAAAGUUAUUCAAGCUGGUAUGUUUGAUCAAAAGUCUACGGGAUCCGAGAGACAGCAAUUUUUACAGACCAUUCUGCAUCAAGAUGACGCCGAUGAUGAGGAGGAAAAUGAAGUGCCGGACGAUGAAACUGUUAAUCAAAUGAUCGCUCGAAGUGAAACUGAAUUCGAAACGUUUCAAAAAAUGGACUUGGAAAGACGCAGAGAGGAAGCUAAACUUGGCCCGAAUCGAAAAUCGCGGCUAGUUGAAGAGGCUGAGUUGCCCGAUUGGUUGGUGAAAAACGACGAUGAGGUUGAAAAAUGGACAAUCGAAGAUGAACAGGAUUUGAAUGCAAGUAUGGGACGAGGAUCCAGAGCCCGUAAAGAAGUCGACUAUUCUGAUAGUUUAACCGAUAAGGAGUGGCUAAAAGCGAUCGAUGACACCUACGAAGAAUAUGAAGACGAAGAGGAUGAAGACGUUAAAACUACUAAAAGAUCGAGAAAACGAAAGAAGCGCGGCUCGAUGAUCGAUGAAGAUGACGAUGACGAUGAUACUCCGUUGUCGUUUAAGAAGAAGCGCUCCGACAAAAGUAACGACGAACAGUUAAAAAAGCAAAUGAAACGUAUCAUGGAUAUCGUCGUCGAAUAUAAAGAGGAGGAACGAUUGCUUAGCGAACCUUUUCACAAAUUACCUUCUAGAAAGAAAUUACCUGGCUACUAUGCAAUUAUAAAGAAACCUGUGGAUAUCAAAAAAAUCAGAACUAAAAUCAACGAUGGCAAGUAUGCAUCGAUUGAUGAAUUGGAAUAUGAUUUUAUACUGCUAUGCAAAAAUGCUCAGCGUUAUAACGAAGAAGACUCGUUGAUAUACAAAGAUUCUGUAGCCCUUGAAAAAGUAUUCGCAAAUGCGAGAAAUGAAGUGGAGAAUUCAUCUUAAUCACUUAUCUUCCCUUAUUUAAUAUUUUUAAUGUGUUUUUUGCUCGAAUCGCUCGAAGUAUUAGAACUUCUAUCAUGAAAAUUUCUAUUUUUAUUUGUUUUAAAAUAUUUUAAUGUAGAGUGGAUUUAUAUCUAGUCAAAUCUAAAUCAAAACGCUUUUAUUUUUAUUUAACGUACGAGUUACGAUUUUAUACAGCUUUAAUUUUUUAUUGUUUUGCAUUUGUUUUGCCUUUUAAUAGGUUAUUUAGUGAAGUAAAAUUAUUCCAAAGAA